UUCUUUUCUGUACGCGGAGGAACAUUGACAGCUAUGUGAACAGGCACCGGCUUACAAUAACAAUCAAAGUGCAUAGGAUUUAGGCUGAUGGGGAUGCAUAUUUUUCAAUCGCUUUCCUAUUAAAGAAAAAGCCGUUUGUGCCUUAUAUACGGAGAUUGAAACAAGGUGUCUACAGAGGUGAUAGAUACCACCAAACUCCGGGACUUGUCAGAUAAUGACCACAGCAUUCCCCUACCCUCCUCGACACGUGGUACCCACGUCUAGACUCCCAGCAUCACGGAUUCCUGCGCCAUCAGACAACAUGAAGAAACAGGAUCCACAGCAGAGGUUGGUAGGGAACACACGGUCUCGGCUGGAGGUACUGCAGCAACAGUAUCAGCAGAAGCUGCUCAGGGAACGAGAAGCCAAGAUGAUCGAAAUUUACCAAAAGAAUCAGCAGGCAGCUCUCUCGAAGGUUAAUCGGCAAACAUCCUUGAGAGACUUCUUCAAAGAGCGAAGAAACUUAGAAGCUACAAAAGGAGGAGCUGUGCCUAGCAUCCAGCACCAUUAUAAGAACAAAGUGAAACAACAGAACCAGUUUGGCUACAAGAGCAAACAGCCAGUCUGGAAUCCUGCACGUACACGUAGGGAACCUGAGGCUGAGCGGAAACCUUGGUCUGGCAUCAACAGGGGGAAUCCACUGCAGCCCAUCCAGAGGCAGGCAAUAUCAGCCGAUGAUCGCUAUCGGCAGCCAGAUCCUGAUGGACACUAUGAAACAAGUGAUGACUUGACCAGUAACCACAGCAGCAAUCCUCCGAGUGACCUGGAAGAUGAGGAUGUUGAAUUCAAAUUUGUCCCAAAGCCCCCAGUGCAGCAGAGACCCGGUAAGGUACGUCAAACCCGGCGAACAGCAAAACAGGACAUCUCCAGAAAUGAUGUUAAACAAUUUAGUCCAGAAGAUGAUGGUUACUACAGCAACCAGCAGGAGGAUGGUGGUAAUCCUGCCAGAGAAUCUGAUGACCAGCCACCAACUAACUUUGCUAAAGCAAAGCUGCUAGGGAAGAUCAAGCAAAAGGAACGGGACAGAAUUGCUAGUAGGGAGGGAACCUUUCACUCUGAUAAUGGGGAAAAACAGUCAGUUGCAGACAAAGAUCAGCCCAAUGAGGGUGAGCCUGAGAGGAAAAACAAAAGAGAUGUUUUAAAGCAACAGGAAGAAGAACUGAUGGCUCUUCUGAGACAGAGACAGGAUGAACUAGAAAAACUGAAGCGGGAAAAUGAAGAGGCAGAAAGACAGGAAGAGGAAAGAAAACAGAAGGAAGCCCAGCGCAGAAGAAGGCUGCAGGAAGAGAGGCAAAGAAGGGAAGAGGAACUGAGGAAGUUGGAAGAAGAGGAACAAAAAGAACCUGAAGAGGAAGGGAAUUAUGAUGAUCCAAAUAGCAGCAGACUGGAAGAGGAUGAGAAUGAGAAUGAUUGGUACCAGAACAGAGGGAUGGAACAUGGAGAGGACAAUGAGAAGGAAGAUGAUGAGGACAGUUGGUUUCAAAACAAAGAGAAGGAAGAGCAAAAUUUGAAUGCCACUUAUACAAUGAAGCAGAAAGAAAAGCAAGUUAAGCAUGAAAUGCCUAAGAAAGAACAUCAGUCACAAAUACAUGAUGAUCAGAAAGAAGCAAAACCCAAUGAAGAUUUGGCUUUUUACAUUGAUGCAGCAAAAGGUUCUGAGGAGGUAUCUAUGAACCUGACUCCAUGUCCUAAUUGUGGCAGGAAAUUUGCUGUUGAAAGACUCGCCAAGCACCAGGCUUGUUCAUCCAUGAAGAAACGUAAAGUCUUGGAUCCGACGAAGAUGAGGACACAGGGAACAGAGAUGGAGAAGUAUGCAGAUCCCAGAGACAGGAAACCAGAGCCUUCCAGCAAGAAGGCUGACUGGCGCAAGAAGCGUGAAGAUUUCAUCCAGGCGAUCCGCUAUGCUAAGAAGGUGGCAGAAGUGGAGAAGAAUGGUGGGAAUGUAGCAGACCUCCCCCCUCCCCCACGCAGCGAGAACCCAGACUACAAGCAGUGCCCAUACUGCCAGCGCAAGUUCAACCAAACUGCUGCGGAACGGCACAUUCCAAGGUGUAAAGAGAUAAAAUCUCGUCCACCCCCCAUGAAGCGAAGAUAAGAAUGUCAGCAGUAACCUCACAGUACACGAGAUUGACAUCAUCGAGUAUCAUAAACCACAAAAAUGUAUAUCAAAUAUGUACCAGUGUGAUCUGUUGAGUUAUUGCAGUAUGUUCCAGUAGUUGUAAAGUUGGUUGUUUUGAAUGAUCCAUAUCUAUGGACAGUACUUCCUGUUUGGUCAGCUGUACUGGGGCUUGUACAUGUAUACAGCUGCCAACACUUGUAUGUGAUAUAUAAUUGAAGUGAAGAAUAAUUAUGUACUUCAGCAUCACUUGUAAUUAAUCUGAGGUUGUCAGACUAGGACAGGUGAUUGCCCAUCCGUUGCAGCUUGGAGUGGUCAAAGCAGAAUACACAACAUCCUGGAGUAGUCCAGUGUAACUCAGAGAGGUGGAAGAUGGCUAAUGAGAACAUGAAAGAGUGGAUGUGUUGGUUUAUCAUAGUCUGGCAACCUGGUUGCCUGUUGUUGUGAAAUUAUGCAUGUAUCACAAGUUACAAUUCAUUAACACUAAAUAGUGGUUUAGUAUUUGUAUUGUGUAAGCACUCUUACAUCAGUACCUCACUACAUGGACUGUUUGUUGCAUUGGAUAUAUCAUCAUACAUAUACUGUGUUUUGUGCAGUUCUCUAAGAAGAUCAUUAGAGUAGGCAUUAUUGCUGAAUUUGUACAAUAGAAUGUGUAAAUAGCAAUGCUAUCCAAGAGAGCUGGAGUUUAUGUGAUAUUGUAAAUGUGUCAAUGUCUUUAUGCACAUAACAAAGUGACUAGAUUUUUUAACUAUGCACUCUUGUGAAGAGUAUUUACUACUGUGAGAUGAAAGCAACUUGAAAUCCCCAAAAAA